AUGUCUUCGCCUGGAUCCAACGGAGGAGCGGCUCGCGAGGACGAUCCCACCGGCCUCGGCGAGCCGCUGCUCACGAACGACGAUGCCGGCGGGUUCCACACCGAAACGCUAGCCACAGUGGUCGUGGCCGCCACCACUGCACCCAACGGCAAUGCCAAAGUGAUGAAGGGUUCCAUGAAGGCGGAGGCGAAGGACGACGACAGGUACUGGGUGGAUGUCCACCGAGAGCCGAACGCAGUAACAACGGCGGCGGACCUGGAGAGCGGGGGCGACGGUGGCCGGCCGCUCAUGUUCCGAGAAAAGAAGGUGCUCGGUGACAGACGGUGCCGCCCACAACGAGCGGGGCCAGCUGGGAGCGGUGGGUGCCGCAGAUGCUUUAGGCGGCAGACAUUGCUCCUCCUGUCUGGUGAGCUUCACUGGGAAGAGAGUGGUGUUCCUCAUCAAGCAGCUCAAGUCCGGCAUACUCGUGUCUGGUCACUAAUCCUGACACGCCUCGUCGCCGUCAUCUUAUUCAUCGGAUGGCGCAUCAAGCACAAUAACUCUGACGUCAUGUGGUUCUGGACGACCUCUGUCGUUGCCGACGUCUGGUUCACCUUCUCGUGGCUGCUCUACCAGAUGCCGAAGUUCAAUCCCAUCAAAAGGUCCCCCGACCUGGAUGCUCUACGGCAGUACUGCGACCUCCCUGAUGGCGGCUCCAUCCUCCCGGCCAUCGACGUCUUCGUCACCACCGCUGACCCCAUCGAUGAACCGGUGUUGUACACUAUGAAUUCUGUCCUCUCCAUCCUCGCCGUUGACUACCCCAUUGAUAGGUAUGCGUGCUACCUAUCUGAUGAUAGUGGCACACUGAUCGAAUAUGAUACUUUGGUUGAGACGGCAAACUUUGCCGCUUUGUGGGCGCCCUUCUGCCGGAAGCACUCCAUUGAGCCGAGAGCUCCAGAAAGCUAUUUCCAGCGGGAGGGGAUGAUCUACACCGGCAAAUCACCGAGUGAGUUCAUUAACGACUAUAGGCAUGUGCAACUGGAGUAUCAACAGUAUAAGGCAAGGUUGGAAAUGCUCACUAGCACUAUUAGAGAGAGAUCGGACUUCUACAACAGUAUCAAAACAACAGAAGGGGCUGUAAAGGUGACUUGGAUGGCGAAUGGGACACAGUGGCCAGGAACAUGGUUUGAGCCAAUAGACAACCAUAGGAAAGGACAUCAUGAAGGAGUUGUUCAGGUUGUGCUGGAGCAUCCAAAUGGUAGUAAGGCGCAACAUGACAGUAAUGUGAACCCACUCAAUUUUGAUGGCAUUGAUGCACGUCUGCCAAUGCUUGUCUACAUGGCUCGUGGAAAGAGCCCAUGUUAUGACCACAAUAAGAAGGCGGGUAACUUGAAUGCCCAACUACGGACUCAAGGGAAGGAGAUAACACAGCCUUGGUUCAGUUCCCCCAAUGUUUUGAAAACGUUGACCCAACAGACAGAUAUGGCUAUCCAAGGACCUUCUUAUCUCAGCACCAGUUGCAUGUUUCGCCGCCUUGCGCUCUGUGGUAUUGACCCACCACGCUGGAGACCUAAUGACAUUCCGGUUGAUAGUAGCAAGUUUGGUAACUCCAUACCCUUCUUGAACACAGUGUUAGAAUCCUUAAAACAAGAAAGCCGCAUCUCACCGCUAAACUUAGAUGACUCAUUUAUUGCUAAUAUGAUGUUGGUCGUAUCAUCUUCCUUUGAUAUAGGGACAGACUGGGGGAGGGGUGUUGGGUACAUAUAUGAGAUGGCAACUGAGGACAUGGUGACUGGCUUUCGCAUCCACAAGCAAGGGUGGCACUCCAUGUAUUGCACCAUGGAUGUGGAUACGUUCCGUGGCACUGCACCAAUCAACCUAACUGAGCGUCUCUACCAAAUUGUUCGAUGGGCUGGUGGUUCUGUAGAGAUGUUCUUCUCCCAUAACAACCCAUUAUUAGUUGGAUGGCGGCUCCACCCAAUGCAACGAACUGUAUACCUCAAUUACAAUAUCUACCCUAUCACAUCACUUUUUCUCCUACUCUAUGCAUUAUGCCCAGUGAUGUGGCUUCUCCCCGAGGAAAUACUCAUCCAGAGGCCAUUUACUACAUAUGUUGUAUUCCUCAUCAUUAUCAUUGCAUUAAUUCAUACCAUAGGCAUCAUGGAGAUAAAGUGGGCGGGUACCAAAUGGCUAGAUUGGUGGCGCAAUGAACAGUUCUUCAUGAUUGCCUCAUUGAGCGCAUACCCAACGGCGUUGUUGCACAUUGUUGUGAAGCUCCUCACAAGGGGUAAGGGAAUCCGCUUUAGGGUCACCUCGAAGCAAACAAAGGUAGAUGACAAUGAAGACAAGUAUGCUGAGAUGUACGAGAUGCGUUGGGUGCCUAUGCUGAUCCCAGCUAUGGUGGUUCUGUUCUCUAACACCAUGGCUAUUGGCGUGGCCAUAGGAAAAGCAAUUGUGUAUGGUAGGGUAUGGCCGACGACACAACGUUUGCAUGCGAUGCUAGGCCUGUUGUUUAAUGUGUGGCUCAUGAUUCUCCUCCAACCAUUUGCUUUGGCGGUCAUAGGACGUUGGAGCAAGAAGCCUAGCAUCCUUUUCAUCUUGUUUCCAGUGGCAUUUGUGGUCUUUGCAUGGGUGUACAUUUGUGUUCAUGUUUUUGUUGUCAAUUUCUUUUCAUCCAUGGAGAUAUAG